AUGGCCAACAUCAGUAACUGGUCUGAUGAAUUGCUGAUUAAGAUAUUAUCGUAUCUUCCAACAAAAGUUGCUGUAUCAACUAGCGUUUUGUCCAAACGGUGGAAGUUUCUUUGGAAGUGGUCGCCUAAACUCGAGUUCGAUGAUUACCCUAACACCAUUGGUGAUUUUAAUCUUUCAAAAUCUUCAUACCUCUGUCAGUAUUUUAUCUACAAGAUUCUGCCAUUCUACGGAGCUCCCAUCAUAGAAAGCUUGCGCGUCAGGGUACGUCUUAGAACACUUCAAAGUAAGGAUUUCGAAUCGUGGGUUGGACUCGCAAUUUCUCGUUGUGCGCGUGAGCUAAGUAUCAGCUAUCUUCCUUUCUAUAAAGAACAUGAAGUGUUAUUCCCAAGUAGUUUGUUUACCUGCAAAUCGCUAGUCACUUUGAAACUCGAAGGCUUCAAGAUUCUUGUGGAUGCUCCCCGGACGGUUUGUCUCCCUUCCUUAAAAACCUUGGAUCUUCGACAUGUGAGAUUCUUAAAUCAAGAUUGUCUUCGUCUGCUUUUACAAAGUUGUCCUGUUCUUGAAGAUUUGUUUAUUCAUCGAGUUGGAUGCGACACAUUGCUAGGGUUAGUUGUUCAUGACCCUUCCUUGAAGCGUUUAUCUGUACAUAUAGACUCGACAUGUUCUAUUGGUGCGAGUAUCAUAGUCACACCUUCUUUGAAGUAUUUCAACUUUGAGGAUUCCAAAGUUGAAGAUUUUUAUUGUAAAGGAUUCUCCUAUUCUAUUGACCAUAUGCCAGAGCUUGAAGAGGCAAAUAUCGUUGUUCUGAGAAAUCCUCAAGAUCUUCUCGAAUCAGUUACAUCUUCCAAACGUCUCUCAUUACGCGUAGCAUUCAACUCUACGGAAAAGACUGUGUAUCGUGAAGGUAUUGUCUUUAGUCAGCUUGAAAAGUUAGAGCUGUUUAUAUGCAAUGAUGAUUGGUCAAAGUUACUUGUCCAGUUGCUCAAAGAUUCUCCUAAUCUGCAAAUCCUCAGUCUCAUUGUUGAUGAUGUAAGUUUCUUCGUUGAUUUGUUCUAUGAUGGUGGUGGUGGUGAUUGGAUUGGUAUGAGAGUUAUCGACGGCAAAAACGAAGGUCUGCGACUCCGAUAA